GGUUGCGGGAGCGCGCAUCUGUCCGUGGGUGGGGGACGCGCAGGCUACUCGCGCUACCAAUGAGUUGCUGAUGCCGCAGCAUCCCUCACAGAAAGGCAAGGGGGACAAGACACCUGCCUGACGACAACAUUACACCUUUGUUGUUUUUAAUACAAUCUAUGACGGUUUUAUCCCCGAGCGAGGUGACGUGUUUUGCUUAUCGAGGUGCACGACCUGCUCUAAAGGAAAAAUAAACAAACGUUUGCUACCUGUCUAGCCCAAACACUUUUCAACAACCUGUGAGGCAGGAAGACAUGAGGAAUGAAAGGGAGCCUGCGCCGGCUGUGCUAAGGGCCAACCGAGAAAACAGGACCUUUGACAAGCAAUGCCGAGAGCUGGAGACGGAAAAUACACCUAGCAACGGCCUACGGCACAGGGAGGAGAGAAAAGCAACGCUUAGCAAGGUUGUAAUACGGCGACUCCCUCCCAACUUUAAUAAAGAACAGCUGGAGGAGCAGCUACGUCCUCUUCCAGCACAUGAUUAUUUUGAGUUUUGCACUGCUGAUCCCAGCUUGUAUCCCCAUCUCUUUUCAAGAGCCUAUAUUAAUUUCAGAAAUCCAGAAGACAUCCUUCUAUUUAGAGACCGAUUUGACGGAUAUAUAUUUAUUGACAACAAAGGGCAAGAAUAUCCUGCAGUGGUUGAAUUUGCUCCUUUCCAAAAGAUUUCUAAAAAGAAGCUAAAGAAAAAAGAUGCAAAAGCUGGAAGUAUUGCAGAAGACCUCGAGUACAAGAAAUUUUUAGAAAACUACUGUGCUGAGGAAGAAAAAGUUUAUGCAAAUCCAGAGACUCUGCUGGGAGAAAUUGAAGCAAAAACAAAGGAACUAAUUGCCAGAAGAACAACUCCUCUACUGGAAUUUAUCAAAAAUAGGAAAUUGGAAAAGCAGAGAAUAAGAGAAGAAAAAAGAGAAGAGAGAAGGAGGCGUGAACUUGAGAAGAAACGGAUAAGAGAAGAAGAAAAGAGAAAACGUAGGGAAGAGGAAAGGCGUAAACGAAAAGAAGCAGAUAAGCAAAAGAAAAUAUCUGAGAAAGAAAUUAGAAUUAAGCUUCUUAAGAAACCAGAAAAGGGAGAUGAAGCUGCCAGUGAAACGCAAAAGGAGAAAAUAGAGGAGGCUGAGGACGAAGAUACAAAACUGGAAAAGCCUCCAGUAUCUGGAAGUAUAAAAGUUCGGCCAUUUGAAAACAGUGUCAAAGAACUCAAAGAAAAGAACCCGAAUGAAUGUGAUAAAGAACAAAGGGAUAAAGAAAGGAGAUUUCGAGAUAAAGACCUCGAAAGACAAAGGUUUCGGAUGGAUGAUGGCAGAAAGCACAGAAACCACUAUGAGUAUGACAAGUUUAUGAGGCGAAAUGAAGACGAUCAGAAAUGGGGCAAGGGAUACAACCAGGACAGGUGCAAGAAAGGGAGUCACAUCUCAAGCUUUGCAUCGGAUGCAGUAGACAAACUGGGUAAAGAGGACAAGUGUGAUGACUUGGCAUCCAAAAAGGACCGCAUAAGAAAUAAGGAUCGCCCAGCCAUGCAGCUGUACCAGCCAGGAGCUCGCAAUCGCAUAACUACAGGAUUUACAAGUAAAUAUCCUGAGGAGAACUUCUACAGAAAGAAUGACACCAACAGUGUAACAAGAAGAGGUACAGAGAAGAGUGAAGAUGCUGGGUAAAACUCUUUAUGUGUAGAAAAGAUAGCAGACUCUCUGUCCACGUGAGUGCAUCCCAGUAUUGCAUGGGCAGUAGAAACAGAUAAGUCCACAUGUGACUGCCGCCUACUUCUGCCAGAAAAAAAGGGAAUACUUACUAUGAAAUCAGAUUCCUGAUUCACUACCCUUUAGUGCCAAAGAGCUCCAAAUAAACUGUAUUGUAGACACUCUCUAUUUGCCUAGUCUAUAUGUCAUUAUCAAAUGGAGCUCUACUUGUGGCCAGAGUGUUCUUUAGAAAUAUUUCGUAAUUUUUCUGCCCGUUACCAUGGGAUGUUUCUUUAAGUUUUCUAGGGCAACAUUAAUAGAAAUACUACACUAGCUACCUGUUAAAUGCCCAUAGAGCUGUGCCAUUGCCGCAGCUGUUUUGUGUGCUAGCAAUAUAAAACUCUUCAUGCAAAUAGGAGUUUGUUGAAAUAACUAAGUAAAAAAUGCCUAUGACACAGUAGGUGAGAUCUGUCGGGUAAUAUUGCCAAUCAUCCUGCACCAAGAGCCUGUACAUACAUGUGUGUGUGAAUUUGAGUAGUGUUACUCUACAUUGCCUCCUAACUGCAUUUAGAUCCAUGGCAAUGCUAGAAGGGACCUUUUUUUUUUUUUAAUGGAUCCCUAAACAUAGGCAUAAACCUGUAAGUGGAAUCUGUAAGGAAAACAAUAAGGAAUAUAGAGCAGGUAACAUGUUGUGCAUUGCUGUUGAAUGUUUUGAUGAUUGAUGUUAUAGCCAUGCAAAUAUACAAAUAAGUCUCUUUAAUAUUGCUAUUGUGCUAUGUUCUUACUUUUUGAAGUCUCUGCAACUUCAUUUUAAAAGGCAGUAGCUGCCCUGCUUGCAGCCAUAAAUUAACUUCCAUAUUAACCCACGAGCUGCGAAUACAUUUAAGACUGGAGAAAGCCAGAAAGAAAGGUGAGUUUCCACAGAGGUUUAAGUGGCAUAAGGCUGCUGAAAGGAGCACUAUACUUUCAUUUUUCCAAAUUUAUUUGCCCUCUCACAAGGAAAGAAUAAACUAAAUUUGUGGAAAACAACAAUACUUCAUUCACAUUAGCAAUAUGCUUUCAUUAGAUUUAUUGGUUUGUUUUACAAAUCAUAGGCACAAUACAUACUUUCAAAUGUAUGCGAUACCAUCACUGACUAAGUUAGGUCAAACUGAGACUAAUUGGAAAGACUUAUGUUCUGAAAACUGGGAUGGAUGACAUUUAUAUAUACACACAAACAGAGAUUAGAGAUGAGACUGAUGAAUCGAUUAUGCUGACAUUGUAAUUAGAAAUAACAACCAAGUUGUGUGGCAGAACAUCUAAAACUUGGCCUGACAGAAUGUCUAUGUAAUUAAUAUUAAAUAGGAAAAGUUAUUUAAUGGUCAUUCACACAAUAGUAUUCUUUGGUAAUAUUAUUUGACAUCAAACUAUGUGUGAGCCCAGAACAACCCAAUAUUCUGUAUUAGUUGAGAUAAACAGAGUAUAAUCUGAAAUUGCUGCCAUAGGCCUUUCUAUGACAUCAAGCAUGUGAUCUUCCAGUAAUUAAGGUGUUUAACCAUCUGCUUUUUCUUUUAUGGAUGCAGACCUUUCCCUUUGAGUAGCUAAACCUGUAUAUUUCUAACUACUGCUUUUGACAUGGAUAGUUAUGUCACUGAAGACUUGGAAUAUUUCAUAGCAUUGUUGCUUACAUUGCAGAUGUAGUUGCAAUUAGAUAUAGCACAAGCUAAUAUACAUUGUUUGUUACUAAUCUGUAUUUGCGUGUAGAAUUUGCAGCCAGGCAGCUUGAGAUUUAAACAUGCCUGAUACCCCAAACAGACUCAAGCCUAAAUGUUUUUGCCUUUGAUCAUCAAUAGUAUGUCUGUGUAAGUUUGAAAUAAUAACAAUAUUUUGUCAUUCUUUAAAAAUAUGAAUUCUAAAUAAACUGUUUAUAUACCAA